AUGGAGUUCGUAGCCACCACUACGCUAUCGCCACCAACAAUCGAAUUUACCGUGGAAUCUACCGUCCCCGAUUUCGACACGACAGCGGAGGAAGAAGAUAAAGUAGAAAUGCCAAAAGUACCUCUGACUGAGCAGGUUAUGGAUCUCAACAUACGAGUGAGCGAUGUGCCUGACGUGGAUCCGGAGUCGACGGACGUGCCGGAUUCCAGCUUAGACAAGAACCGAGUGAUUCGCGACGUGGCUUAUUUUAUCCGCGCCCACAAGUUUCACGAUUACGAUCGCCGAUACUACAAGAGCGCGGAAGAGACCAUAAACAGACCGUACGAGGAAUUCCCGAGACCAGGUCUGAGAUCCCUGCACUGGGAGGUGCGUAAACACUGCGAGGCGAGUUUUAUCGAGUGCCUGAAAUAUCUCGAAAGGAUCAUUAAACUUACCGCCCUCAGGCGUGAGGAUGACACCGUCACAAUCAUGAGGGAGCACAAAUGGAACUUGGCGAACAAUACCGAGCAGAUUCUAGCCGCUCAAAGGGACUGUCAAAUGGCCCAAAGGCGAGACAAUCUCACUAUGGUUCCAUUUCAGGGUCCAAUCGAACGCUUUCAAUGGCGUACCACUGUCAGCUACUAUAUGUGCUGGUACACGAUGUUGAGUAUUUCGGAUUUAGCUACCUUUGGCGAGCCUUGCGACAAUCAUGCCAACUGCCUGGAUGAAUACGGCAUUCAUAACAAGGAUCCACGAGCGGACGACACGAAACCGUACGCCUGCGCCCUGUAUAGUUUCUGCCCGGACCAUUGUUGCCCCAUGAAGCACAUCCGGUACAUGAAAGACUGUUUCCAGUCGCAACGCAAUCCUUGCUAUGCUGAGAAUCAACCAGCGCAUCGAAAGUGCAUGCUAAACCGGGACGAGAAUCGCGACUUCCACGCGCUCCGGAUGAAUCAGAUAAACGUGAGUUGCGAAUGUCAUCGGCCUGGGCACGAAUGGUCCUCUAGAUUUGGGCUGUGUGUCGAUGUAAAUGAAUGCGUUCGCGGCACACACAAUUGUACGCUGAACAAUGAGAAUUGCCUGAAUCUGCCCGGUCAUUACGCUUGCAUCUGCCGACUCGGUUAUAUUUAUAAUCCGGAAAUGAAACAGUGCGUUUACAGUCCGGACAUUGACAAAGUGCUGAAGGGUACCGCGCGCGAACCGACGAAGAUAUCAAAAGCGAAAAGUCUCUUCACUAAAAUCGUUCAAACUAUUACCAGAUCUGCCGGAAAUAGCUUUAAAUAUCCGACUACUUACGAUGCGCCACAACGUAGAAAUUUGUAUCCGUAA